UACACAAAAAACUAUAAUGCGCCGAUUAAUGUGCUGCAAUCCAUAUCGAUCGAUUUCACACUGUUAUUAAUUCCCUAUAAAUAUCAUUCCAUAACUUAACUCAAACCGCUUAGACUCCUCCUCCCUACCAUAGUUCUUCCAUCUCCAAUCUCGAUCAACUAACAUCGCAAGCUUCGAUUACACACACUCACCUCCAAUCUUGUUGUGAAUUCUGGAUUCCUCCUUAUUUUAUUAUAUUGAUCGUCAUCAUGAGCCCAUCGCCUUUUCAAGGCUAUAAUCAUCAGAUUAUGAUGAGCAGAACAACCAACCCGGCAUUGAAGAUCAAUCCGGGCUCUCGUUUCAUCAAGAAAUCGUCACCGCCGCCGCCCUCACCGCCGUUGCAGCCGCCGCCGCCGCCGCCGUCUGUUUUAGAUGGUCCCACGGCCACCAUUCCCGGUGGCGGGCCUCGCCACCCGGUGAUUAUCUACACGCAUUCUCCCAAGGUCAUCCGGGCCCACCCCAAGGAUUUCAUGGCUCUCGUGCAGAAGCUCACCGGCUAUUCCGCCCCUCCCUCAUCUCCGCCGUCUCCGCCAUCUCCGCCGUCUCCUCCACAGCCUUUGCCGGUGCCUUGCGACGAAUAUUUAAUCACUGAAAUAGAUACGAAUAAUAAUAAUAACAGUGAUCACAGCAGCAGCAAUAAGAGCAGCCGUGAUGACGUCAUCAGUGGAAGAUAUAAUUGGUUGAUGAUGGAAGAUAAGGACUCGACGACGUCAGCUGUGAUGGAUGAGAAGGUAGGGACCUGUAGUAUAGGCCAUGAUUUUGAUCCAAAAAACAAUAGUAAAUUUCAUUUUGAUAAUAAUAAUGAAUUUAUCAAUAAUAUGUCAUAUUUUGAUCCAACCUCCAUGGAUUUCCGGUUUCCAAGUCCACCAUUUGAUAAUUUUGGAGAUUCAUUGGUUUUGAAUGGAAGCUCCAUUUCUUCUCCCCCUUCUUCAUUGGCCACGAAAGGUAGCUCCACCGGUGUAGGUUCCCCGGAGAGUGUGAUGGAUUUUCCGUCCUGAUUUUUUGGGGUGAGGGUUUAUACAUAAAAUUAUUCUUAGGAUUUUCAGGCUUUUUUUCUGAUUUUUUUUUAAUGAAUUAGAGGUGUUGCUUUGUCAAUAAUAUUGCAU